AUGAAUCAGAUCUCCCGAGUCAAAGGGGCGAAAGCCGUUUACGCAUGGAACGCAUCUACCUUACACCCAUGGAAACUAGUUGCAUUUGUCAUUAAGCGAUGCUUGAAGCUAGGCCUCAACCUUCAGACCAUGACACCUGUCACUACCGUCUCCGGAUCAAGAAACAAUUGGACUGUACAUACCUCUCGGGGCAAGAUAAGCACAUCUACGGUCAUACAUACUACAAAUGCAUAUUCAGCAGCUUUGUUGCCAGAGACUAAGAAAUCGAUGACCCCUAUACCACACAUGUGCAACCUCGUCUACCCGCCCAGUACUCAUUCGGGCUCGAAGGCGUUAAGUAACUCAUGUUCAGUGAUAUACAAAGAAGGUCUAUACUCUGUGAAUCCACGAUCGACCUCUGAUGGGGCUAUACUAUUCGGAGGUGUACAGCCGAACCAAUAUUGUCUGGAGGAAUAUGUAGAAGCUAAAGAAAGCAGGAAAUACGAUGAUAGCCUGAAGGAUUUCCAACCUAUAACGGACUGCGUAAAGGAAUUGGGUAAGAGUGGAUUCUUAUGGGAUGAAUACAAAACACCGAAGACAGGCUUUGGUGUGCGUCAUGAUCGUUCUUGGAGCGGUAUCAUUGGCCUGAGUGCCGACGGGGUACCAUAUGUUGGGGCUGUACCAGGGAAAUCAGGUCAAUGGAUGAGUUGUGGUCAUAAUGGACACGGUAUGGCCCGUACAUUCACAUGCUCCCGAGGUUUGGCACAGCUGGUGCAAGGGUCUGAAUGGAAGGACACUGGUUUACCAGAAUGCUAUCAGGUCACUGAAGAGAGAUUGCGAGGAGAAAAAUAUAGACAACAUAAUUUAUAA